AUCAAAUAUAACAAUGGCUAUAUGCUAAUUUUGCAGGAGGAAGAUAGAUGAGGAUAAGAUAAUGUUGCAUGAAAUGUAUUGUGAAAGAAAUUGCAUAAAGUGCACCAGAUGUGGGUUAAUGUAUGAUCAAAAUGAUCCAGAAUCACACGAAGAAGAAUUUCAUAAAUUACAACAAUGUCCUCAUUGUAAACUUGAGUUCUAAGGUGUCUCCUAUAUAUUUAUAUUAUAGAUCUAAACAAACACUAGUGUUAAGAAGUGCCAAUAAUUUGUAUUUAUUGUAAAUUGGAAAUUCCUUAAAGAUCAUUUACAACACAUGAAAUGCAAUGUGGCAGCAGAACAGAAAAAUGUGAAUUAUGCAAACAAUAUGUCAAAAUGAGUGAAUUUUAAAUUCAUCAAACAAUCUGUGUUUAAAAGAAAUUUGAUAAGUUAGGAAGAGGAGAAAUACUAGAUGACUUUCCAUCUCUCUAAGAAGUGAAGCAAGCCAUAGUACCCCCCAGUUUCGAUGACCAAUACAAGCAAAGAUAAACUUAAUAGAAAUAAGCUUAUCACAAAGUAUAAACUCAAUAACCCAUUGAAUCUAACAAUGUUCCUGUCAAAUCAUAAAAAAAUGAAUCUCCUUAUGACUAAUAAUACGGUAUACUAGAUAGAAGAGGAGAAUAGAGUAAAAAUGUUCCCACAAAUUAUCAAAAAGAUGCUAAUUAUUAUAAUUAUAAUUAUAAUAACUAAACUAAUCCAAUCCCAGAUAAUUCCAGAAACAAAGAGCCUUAUGUUCCUGAUCAAAAGUAUAAUCAAGGAAUUAAAAAUAACUAAUCAUUAAGAUCCACAACUUAAGAAGUUAAAUAGCAAUAUGAUAGAAAUUAAAAUCCUGACUAACAAUUUGGAAAUAGGUAAUAUAAUGUGCCUAAAUUUGAUGAAAAAUAGGAAAGAGAUAGAAAAUACUUACAAGAUAAUCAAAUUUAACAAAGACCUAACUAAUACAUUAAUAAUACUUAGGAAGUUACUUCUUAAAAUGAUUCAAAAUCAACUUAAUACUCUAAUAAUUUUAAGCAACCUUCAAAUAAUCCACAAUAGAAUUCAAAAUUUUCUACCUAAUCUUAAAAUCCUCAAAAGUAUUAAUAGGAACGAAGUAUUCAAGAUGGCUAUGAUAGCAGAUUCCCAAAUACUCAAGACAGAAACAGCAAUGAUAUGUAUUAGAAGAAUGUAUACGGUUAAAAAUAUGGUACAACUUAAACAUAAUAAAUUUCUAAAACUUAUUAACCAUAAGUAUAACCGCCCUAUCUAAAUUCAAACUAAACCAAUAAAUAUCAAACUUCUUAUUUAGAAGAUAAUAAAGCUUUGAAUCGUCCUGUGCAAUAAGAACGACCUGAUGUAGGUUUAAAUAGUAGAGAUUCAAGAUAAAUAUAGAAUUAACGAGCACCUGUUGUUUCAAAACCAUAAGAUAUUUAAGAAAGAAAAUAAGACAAAACGAACUUUGCUCCUCCUCCUCAACAUCCUUAAUAAUAGUAAGCUAAUCAAUUUUCAUAUUAGCGAAAUUUAGAUGCUCAUCAAGAAGCAUCAUAUUCAAAAUCCUCAUCCUAUCAGAAACAAUCAGAAUAUUAACAGAAAUAUAAUGAAGUCUCAUAAAAACCCUCCUAUGAUCCUAAACCAAAACCUUAAGAUUAUCAACAAUAAAGAUAAUUUAAGCCAAAUUAAAAUGAAGGUAACAAUCAUUAAUUCGGUAAAAUAUUUGAUGAUAAACCUGAAAAUUAUUCUCCGAAUGAUAAUAGUAUAAUUGCCAAAAAAUUAUAAGAAUCAUUAUAUGCUGAUGACCUACAAAUGACACAAUCUUAAAUUAUGGAAUAACAAUAAAUUUAUUAAUCAUUAGAAGAGAAUGCCAAAAAAUCAAGAACUGGAUAAAAUAGGCCACAUGAAUAUGAGCACAGAAUAGAUCGUAAUGCUUAGAUGGUUAUGCCUAAUGAAUUUGAUUUUCUAACAGAAGAGGAAAAACUAAUUCAAAAAUAGUUACUUGAAAGUCUUGAAUUAUAAAAAAAAAGAAGAUGA